AAGACUGACCUUUUUCGUCCAUGGUCGCCUCUUUCCCAUCUUCAUGUCACGCUACUUUGGAUUGGUGAGCAGAGCUCCAUCACUUCCACCCCCACCCUUCUUGCGCUAAUAUUCAACUCCACUUUAGAAAGUGCCACCAUGUCCACAACCACAACCACCACAAACCAAUUUGAUCUGACGGACAAUGAACGAAACAUUGUCAUUGCCGUCUUGGCUCUCAUGGGUCUCAUUGCCUUGGGAGCAUUUGUAUUGAUCUUGUGCGACCCAAAACUAUUCAGAGUCGACGACGAUGAGGAUUACGAUGAGGAUCUAUACAAGGCACCGCCAUGGGUACUCCAACACCUAGAUGUGGAACAGCAAAAGCCACAGCAACAAGAAGCCGCCAUGAUGCCACCACCACCACCACCACAACAACAGCCAGCACAACAACAACAACCACAAUAUGUGCCCCUGCAACCACAGGUCCAACAGUCUCCACCAGUCAGACAAGCCGAAAAACCAAUUGUGCAGGCUACUCAGGAUCAGCGAGUUGCAGCAGAGUCUUCGUAUUCCUCCCAGGUAGAGUCGGAAAUAGUGACGACACGAGAAGAAGUUCCCUCACUUGCCCUCACGGUACCACCACCCAAAAAAAAGGUCCGAAAUCAAGGUUCCCAGACAGUGCCCAUUAUGCGGGAAAUACAAACACAAACCGAUUCCUUGCCACUCGUGCCUCCACCCGAUCCUUCGGAAGAGGACGAGAUUUACGUCCCCGCAACUGUAAUGCAAACGCGGCCCGUGAGCCCGCAGCAAUCACAACAAGAAGACGAUCCACCCAAAGUGCUCAUGCCAGAAUCCAUUCGAAUGGAAGCACCACUCGUCAAAAUGCCAGAAACAAUAUACACCAGCUCGGCGUUAGUCAUGUAUGGCAAUAAUGAAAACCAAGCGGUUCAAUCAUCUUUGGAUGAUGAAGACUCGUUCCACACAGAGCCUUCUUUGCGGGGUAAUAGGCCUGUUGACAACGACAACGACAAUAAUAAUAUGCUGACCAUCUAUGAAGCCAAAAAUGAACACACCGACACUUCGGCACCACAAGAGGAACGGAAACGGGAAGAGACGUUCGAUGACGAGCAUGAUGACAAGAGCGAUGUUGUCGAGAUUUCUGCCUACAACCCCAAAGAAAGCGACAUGAGUCUUCCUGUGGCAGUCAAAGAGUUUGCCGCCAAUAUUUCGCCCAUUUCACCAGCCGACUCUCACUCGAGACCACCCCGUCUGGAUACUUCCAGCAUUGACAGUGGUUUUGGACCCGUUCGCUUGCCAACGACUCCACCAGAACAACAAGUGCAAGUGAACGCCAUUAAGCUAUUCAUUCCGCGCUACUCUCACAAAGCCGAGCGACAACGGUUCAUUGUCUUGAAUGGUUUGUUGCUGGUCAUUGCCGUCUGCGUGGCCACUGUCGUCAUCAUGAUGCAUUUGCAACCUACCCUUUAGAAAUAUACUGCAUACAUACAUACAUACAUGAUGUUGCUGAGAGCUAAAAAUGGACCAAGGGAUUCUGCAAUACGGGGCAUGAUAUAUCCUACUAGUUGUAGUUUUACAUUUCGUGUUUUAAAAAUUGCGCGAACUCUACUG